CGCCGCCGCCGGAGGAGUCCUUUCGCCGCUGCACCGACAAGCUGCUCUUCCUGUCGGAGCGGCAGUUCGCGGACGAGGUUCCAGAGGAGGCGGGCAUCUACGAGAUGGGGCGGGUGCUGGAGGUCCUCAAGGUAUCGGAGGAGGACGCCGGGCAGCGCAUCAGCGACGUGUCGCACGCCCUCUACCGCCAGAACCUCGCCGCCGUGGUGGACAAGGUUGAUGCUAGCACCGCCGACGCCCUCGCGGGGGCCUCGGCCGCUUUCGGCCUCGACGGCAAGGAAGCUGCGAAGAUGAACGUGGAGACGUACCGCCAGAUUGCCACCAACAUCUUGAGCAGCGGCACGCUUCCAGCCGAUGGCAGGUCGACGCUCGACUGCGCGCAGGGAGUCCUCCAGCUCAGCGACAUGGCCUCCUCGAAGAUCUUCGAGGCCGUCGCGGCGCCGGUGCUCCAGAAGGACGCCGAGGCGGCCGUGCAGACGAUCCUGCUGGACCUCGAAGACGCGCAGGCCGCCACGGCUGCCGGCGACCAGCUGGGCGCCAGGAGCGUCGACGUCGGGCUGACGCCGCCAGCCGCCGAAGCCGUCGUGGCGGGGGCGCUGCGCUCCGCGCUCCGCAAGAUGUACGACCAGGCGUGCAUCCAGGUCCGCAGGCAGGGCGACACCGAGUCGCUGCAGACGAUGGACAGGAUGAUGGCCUUCGCCCGGGCCGGCACGCGCCUGCUCUCGCAGUUCCACAGCAGGCUGGCGACCCAGGAGGUCGCGGCCCUGACCCUGCCAGCCGACCAGCUCGCGGCCAGGCGGCUGUACGGGAAGUACCUCGAGGACUAA